UGAAAAGUGAUUGUGCGAAGGACAGAGACAUGAAUCUGCAGUAACAAGACAUUUUUUUCUUUCUCAAAGAUUUUUUUUUUUUGGAGGGAUUUAAGACACAGCUGAAGGAGGAUGUCUUCAUUAUCAGAAGCUGACUACCGCUGCAAGCAUGGAGAUACUAUCUGUGAGAUCCGUGUGUAUGAGCAGGAGGUGAUUGUUGUGCCCAUUUUGUUACUGGCCAGCUUCUUGGUCACUCUGGUCUUCAUAUUCCUCCUGCGCUUUUGUCCAGAGAAAGUUGAUCGAGUCCGUCCACAGGCCUCUAAGGUGGCCUCCAGGAGAGUGCUGCAUGGCAUUGAUGCUCCACCAGGUAUCAAUGUCCUGGAACAUGAAAGCAUUGCCCUGGAUGUGCCCAGUUCCUACUCCACCUUCCAACCCCCAAACACUUACCCCUCCAAAAAGCUCCCCAUGGCUGUGGACACACUCUCCUUCCCGUCCAGCCCCCCACCGCAGGUCUUCAAACCCAGUUUCACACCAAUUGACCAGCCCAGAGAGUUGCCCCGCCAGAGGCUGCCUGAGUCCUUCAAAAUGGUCACCCCUCUGUCUGCUGCCUUCUCACUGCGCUCCGACUCCACUGUGUCCCUCUAUAGAGCCCGCAUGGAAAACAGGAACGUGGUACUGCGUGUGCUAAAAGACUCUGCUGACGCCACAGAAAGACACAGCUUCCUGGGUUUUGCAUCCUUCCUGUCCCAGCUUGGACCCCACCCAUUCUUGCCAGAGCUCCUUGGUGUGGUCUCCUUGCGAGCUCCUCUGGUUACGGUUGUGGAGGAGCUGGAGAACAGAGACCUGCUCAACUUCCUGUGGCAAUGCAGACAGGAACGUAUGGAUCCUCCAUGUGAGAUGACUGAGAGACGAAUAUUUACCAUGGCCACACAGGUGGCCUCAGCGCUGGAGUUCCUUCACAGCAAAGAUCUUCUCCAUGGAAACAUCCGAGCGCGCAGCGUACUGGUCAGCAGGGCAUUCACAGCAAAGCUUUGGGGCCUGCAUGGAGCCUACACAAGGAAAAACGAGGGAGUCACUCAGAGAGACGAUCCCAGCAUAAAGAAAUGGCAGGCGCCAGAGCUACUGGCCAAGAGACCUGCCAGUCAGAGCAGCGAUAUCUGGUCAUUUGGCAUCUUAUUGUAUGAAAUGGCAACACUGGGUGAAGCUCCAUUUGCAGAAGUCUCAGUCAAUGAGCUGCUACAGUUUCAUCAACGAGGCAAAAGUCUGAAAAAACCCUCCAACUGCUCCAACACCCUGUACACCGUCAUUAAGGGUUGCUGCCAGUGGAAGGAUCAAGAUCGACCCUCCCUGGCCGAGGUGAAGCGCAAGCUGGUCUCAGGAGAGAAGAGUGCUUCAGAAAAAGUCCUCAAAGGGCCUGGGACCAUUAACAUCGAGCGGUACCUGCAGGAAGCAGGAUAUGGGGAAACCAACAGCUACACUGUUUUGUGAUUACUGCCUGCAAGGGCGUAACUUC